AUGAACGGCACUCCCCUUCUCCCGUCUGCCUUUCCUGAGACGCCCAAGAACAUCCCGGGCAGGAAAAGGCUCUUUGAAACUCCUUCGCGAUCGCAACCACGAGAGAACCGCCCUCUGAGAUCGUCCACCAGAUCCCCAGUCAAAUCCGCCUCCAAGGUCUCGAGACUACCACCGCCAAACCCCAAUAACAAUGCGCCACUGAUCUCCACUGAUGUGAUCGACGCUCCCUCCCAGCGACUCUAUGUCGUCGCGGUGUAUAUUGCAUUGAACGCGUGGAGGUUCUAUGAAUCUCUGACUGCAUCAGAUGAUCUGGAUUCCACCUGGCUCCUCUUGAAAUGGGCCACAAUAGAUGGAAUUUUCUUGGUUGGACUUCAAGCGCUGCGCAUCCCGUGGCUGGAAUGGGCUUUCCCGACCACAUUGACUCUGUUCCUGCUACAUGCCGUGGGCAACAUCUUCUUGAUGUUCCGCAUUCCGAUUCCUUGGGCUGCUUGGAUUUCUGGACUUGUCAAGGUUGCAUAUGACCGUGAAAUUUCCAUCUCCGAGCAUAGGGUCAAACCGGGCGAUAUCAUCCACAAUGCUUCGUUGAUUUUGGGAAGGCAAAUUGUGCAUAUUUUGCCAGAGGGAUCUGCCGUCCUCAAUCCGGACCGCGGCUCGCUUUGCCUUGACUCCCAAAGGACUACCAUCGACCUACCCAUCCGCGUCAACCAGACUGACCCUAUAUUGAUCGAAGUUCUGCGUAUGGAUCUCAACACUGGCGAGAACGAGACCAUCACCAUCCCUUCAAAGCAAUUGAAGGGCCUCAAGCGUCAGGCCGAAAAGAAACACACCCCUGGUCAACUGCACCGCGACCUGCUGUUCCCCGUCCGCAAGACUGGUAUUUACCGCCUUCAACGGGUGGUGGACGAGUCGCAGCUCGAUGUCCACACCCGGACAUUUGAUGCUUUGGUGGUUUCUUGCCCGAGAGCAUUGAUCAAGAACUCACAGAUCGACAAGUGUAAGGGAGAAUUGUCCAACUUCAAACUCGAGGUGGAAGGUACGCCUCCAUUGAAGAUUAAAUACAGCCGCCAGGUCAACAAUCUCGACCGUGGAUUCUCAGUUCUUAACAUUCAGCCGGACAAUUUGCGUUCUCCCCUGCUAAAUGGGCGAACUACCUCAGCUCUGUUCAGCGUCAACCAACCAGACGUCUCCUGGGCUCAAAGUCAGAAGAUCGAAGUGCCGCUGAAUGAAUCGUUGAACGACGGCGGAGAAUGGUUCUACACUAUUGAAGAAGUUCAUGACGCUAUUGGUAAUGUGGCCAAUUAUUCCACCAUCUUUGAUGACGGAGAUCGGCCAUCCACCAAGUCCCAAUCUCAGUGGUACCAAUUCUCCGUCCAUGAACGUCCGCAGAUGUCUUUACAAUACUGCAACUCCCAAACGCCGUUGCAAGUCGCCAAGGGAGACAGCACCAGAUUCCCCCUCAGUUUCCAUCCCGAUGGCAACGCGUACUCAAGCGAUGGCCCAUUCUUUGUCGGAUAUUCGUUCGAACAAAAUGAUCUUAUCCAGGAGAAGAUUGUAAGUCUGAAGAAUCUUGAACAGCCCCUGGAUAUCAAGGAGCCUGGCUUGUACUCUUUGACCUCGGUCUCUACCAAAUUCUGUCAAGGUGAGAUCUUGGAGCCCUCUUCCUGCUCCCUACAAAACCCGCCCGAGCCAGAGCUGGCUGUCCGCGCUGAAAGCGUAUUUGACAAAUGUGCCAACAACGCUAUUGGCUUGGUUGUGGACUUGGAUCUUACAGGAACGCCCCCAUUCUCUCUCCGAUACAGCAUCGAGAGCUCCAAGGGCGUUGUGAACAAAGUGUUGCCCGUCAAGGGUAUGCGCGCGCAACUCGACCUCACUCCUUCCGAGGCUGGCUUUUACCGUUAUCAGUUCCUGGAUGUGGAAGAUGCUGUCUACUCGGCGCGUUCCCUCAAAGACAAGGUGCCCGUGCUUGAGCAAGACGUUAAACCGGCAGCUUCGGCUCAGUUCUUGUCGAGAGAAACGCGAUCUGCUUGCUACGGAGAAGCGGUACCCGUGGAAGUGGCCUUCCUUGGAGAGGCCCCAUGGAUGCUGUCAUAUGAGAUUGUGCACAAUGGAAAGAAGACAAAGCAGGUGCUGAAGUCUGAUUCUGAUGUCGCAACCAUCAUGACCGACAAACUGGUUGACGGCGGCAGGUACACUGUGACCCUGACCAAUGUCAAAGACAAAUCUCAAUGUAAACGCACAUUGAAAGAGAGUACCAGUAUUGAAGCCCGAUCUCAGCCGCCGCAUGUUGCCUUUGGUCAGAUUGACAAGAAGAGAAGUGUGCUGGCCUUGCAGGGUUCCAAGAUCGAUCUUCCAAUGAGGCUGAGUGGCGAACGGCCAUGGACCGUGAAGUACAGAAAUGUCGAUACAGACUCGAAGCCUAUUCAGAAGACCUUCUGGGAUGCAAACAGUGUGUUGACUGUUGAGAAGCAAGGUCUGUAUGAGAUCAGUGAAGUCCAUGAUUCGGGAUGUCCUGGAACCGUGGAUGACUCUGCGAAUGAGUUUGAGGUCUCGUGGAUCCCUCGGCCUCAAAUCACAGCAUUGGAUGGCAACCCUGUUGGCACCGCCAGACAGGUUGCCAAAUCCGAGAUCUGCCAGGGCGACGACGAUAGCCUUGAGGUUCGUUUGUCGGGUAGCCCGCCGUAUAGCCUUCAGUACGAGAAGCGACGCAAGGCGGAUCGCGGAGGAUUCUCCUCGGCGAAGCCACGUGCUCUGAAGUCGGCCCUCCACGUCACUUCCAUGGAAAUGGAUACCUCGGAGCCUGGAGAGUACAGUUACAAGUUCACCCAGGUUGGCGACAAUCUCUACGACCAUGAUCCCAAGAUCAACCCCCUGGUUGUGACACAAAAGGUCAACCCGCUGCCGUCUGCCAAGUUCGACUCUCCUGGCCACGUCUAUGGAUUCUGCAAGGAGGACAUCAGUGGCGAGGAAGUCAUCCCCAUUACAUUGGAAGGCGUGCCGCCAUUCUCGCUCGAGAUCAACAUCAAGCACCACUCGAACGCCAAGCCGGAAAUUGUCACCAUUCCCAAGAUUACCUCUAACCGCCACAAACUGCUCAUUCCCCGUCGUCACCUCGACCUGGGACAGCAUGUCGUGAGCAUCCACAAAGUCCGUGAUUCUCGGGGCUGUCAAAAGACCACCGAGAUCGAUGCCUCCUCUGUCAGGGUCGCGAUCUCCGACGUUCCUACCAUCAUUCCCCUUGAGUCCAAGACUGACUACUGUGUGGGCGAGCGACUUUCCUUCUCGCUGUCUGGCCAUGCACCAUUCGACGUCUUCUACAACUUCGAGGGAUCUUCACGCAAGGCCAAGUCUCAGACUACCAACUUCCGCCGCAUUGCCGAGCACCCCGGUGAAUUCGUCAUCACUGCGGUCAGCGAUGGUGCCAGCGGCAAGUGCAAGGCACACAAGGAUAUUGCCAAGACCAUCCACCCGAUGCCCAGCGUGCGUAUCAGCAAGGGCAAAGAAACGGUAGUGGACAUUCACGAAGGUGGAGAAGCCGAGCUUCACUUUGAGUUCUGGGGCACGCCACCAUUUGAAUUCACAUACAUCCGAAGCGCCAAUGCUCGCAAGGGUAAGAAGGCCGAGAUCCUUGAUAUCAAGCACGACAUUUCGCACGAGAAGGUCAAGACCAUCAAGACCUCUGACGAGGGUACUUACGAGGUCAUUGCGAUCAAGGACAAGUAUUGUUCCUUCUCGGCUCAAUCGCCCAAGGGAGAGCGGUGA